AUCUCUAAGUUUUACUGAUUUCAUAAAUGUCAUACUUUUAACCCCAUUUAAAUCUCUUAUUACGUAGAUUUUCUAUUAUUUUCAUUUGUCCACUUUAUUUCAAACGGUGCAAUAGCAAUUAUUCAAAAGAAUAUCUUAUAAGGUAGAUUUUUGCAUGGUGCAUUGACGCAUCAAACAUUUCUUAUGAACCAACUGAAAAAAAUACACGCCCAUACUCUCCGAAAUGGCAUUGACUUUACCCAGUUCUUGAUCACCAAGCUUCUUGAAAUCCCAAACAUCCCAUACGCCCACAAAGUGUUCGACAAUAUUACCAAACCAACUGUUUUCCUUUACAACAAGCUCAUUCAAGCUUAUUCUUCGCAUGGCAUUCCAAGCCAGUGUUUUUCUCUAUACAUUCAAAUGCGCCGUCAAGGCUGCUCCCCUAACCCACACUCCUUCACAUUUCUCUUCGCCGCGUGCACCAAAACGAGCCCUAUUCAAGGCCAAAUGUUCCAUGUCCAUUUCAUCAAAUGGGGUUUUGAAUUUGAUAUUUAUACCUUAACUGCACUUAUUGACAUGUAUGCUAAAAUGGGGUUGUUUCCUUUCGCGCGAAAGCUCUUUGAUGAGAUGGAAAUGAAGGAUGUGCCCACUUGGAAUUCUUUGAUUGCAGGGUAUGCCAAGAAUGGAAAUGUGGAAGAAGCUUUUAAAUUGUUUUCAGUUAUGCCUUCAAGGAAUGUGAUUUCCUGGACUGCUAUGAUCUCAGGGUAUUCGCAAAAUGGGAAGUAUGGGGAUGCACUAGCUGUCUACAAGGAAAUGGAGAAAGAGAGAGGGGUAAAGCCGAAUGAAGUCACAAUUGCUAGUGUUCUUCCAGCUUGUGCGAAUCUUGGGGCGCUGGAGGUUGGGGAGAAGAUUGAAGCUUAUGCAAGAGUGAAUGGAUACUUUAAGAAUAUGUUUGUUUGCAAUGCUGUGCUUGAAAUGUAUACGAAAUGUGGUAGAAUUGAUAGGGCAAGGCAACUGUUUCAUGAGAUUGGUAGGAGGAGGAACUUGUGUUCUUGGAAUACCAUGAUCAUGGGGUUAGCUGUCCAUGGAAAUGGUGAUGAGGCUCUAAAGCUUUUCAACCAAAUGCUGGGAGAAGGAAAUGCACCUGAUGAUGUAACAUUUGUGGGAGCAAUUUUAGCAUGCACACAUGGAGGCAUGGUAGCAAAGGGCUGGGAACUCCUCAAUUUGAUGGAGCAAAGAUUUUCCAUAGCUCCAAAGUUGGAACACUAUGGCUGUAUGGUUGACCUCUUAGGCCGGGCUGGGAAAUUGCAGGAAGCUUAUGAUCUUAUACAAAGCAUGCCAAUGAGACCUGACUCUGUUAUAUGGGGAACUCUGCUUGGUGCCUGCAGUUUCCAUGGCAAUGUUGAACUAGCUGAGAAAGCAGCCGAAUUCCUUUCUGUGUGGGAACCGUGGAAUCCUGGGAAUUAUGUUGUUCUCUCAAAUAUUUAUGCAAGAGCUGGUCGAUGGGAUGGUGUUGCAAGGCUAAGGAAACUGAUGAAGUCCUCCCAGAUUACAAAAGCAGCAGGGUACAGCUUCAUUGAGGAGGGAGGUGAUAUUCAUAAGUUUAUAGUAGAGGAUAAAUCCCAUCCAAAAUCAAAUGAGAUAUAUGCACUGCUUGAUUUAGUCACAACUAAAUUAAAGCUUGAUGUAAGCACCAUUGAUAUUGAUUUGGAUUCUAUUGUUGAAUGAAUUUUAGCAACAAUCUGAAUAGUUUUUGGACCUA